GUCAGCUCCUGACUUAAUAAUCCCCAAAAGCAAAAGUUUUAUAAAAAAACUUGAGGAUGAAGCUUCUACGUUAUGGCUCAAUCAAUCAAUCUUCUGACUCUCCUCCUCAACCCUGUGUUGUCAAUUCAAUGCACCUCAUGGCCAUUCACCAUGGCCGUCCAUACCCCACCACCACCACUUCUUAAAAACCCCUUCACCCUUCAUUUUUACUCACUUGCAAUAUACGUAACGUACGUUUACGUUUGAGUAAUGAAAUUGCCCUUUGCCUCAUCGCAAAACAACCUCAAUUCAACUCACAUCAAGCAAGAAGCUACAGGCGGUGGUGGUGGCGGUGGUGGUAGUAUCGGAAGCAUUCGAUACGAACCCAAAUCGGUACUAGACGUGCAACGGAGUCCACCAAGUCCAGUUACUGGUAAUAUUAAUAACAAUAAUAAUAAUAAUAUCACUAGUGUGUUUUCAUCAUCCGAGGAUCGGCUGCUCUUGGAUAAUAAUAUUAAUAUUCAUCAGUUUGAAGAAUGGGAUUCUCUCAUGAAGGAAUUAGGGCUUCAUGAUGACUCGACUAAGCCGGCUUACCAGCUUGAUCUCCCCGAGCUGCCGCCGAUACACACGGAAGCCGCGGCUCCAGCUACAGCUAUGUUCUUCCACUCUGAUUUCGAGAACUUGAACCCUAAUCUAAACGCGGUUGAUUUCAUGGGCCAAGAUGAUGACGAUAAUAAUAAUAAUUUCGUAGACGAGUUGAUUCGAAUCGCUGAAUGUUUCGAAACCCGGUCUAUCCAGCUAGCGCAAGUGAUUCUAACGCAGCUCAACCAGCGGCUCCAUGCGCCGACUGGAAAAGCGCUUCAACGAGCCGCGUUUUAUUUCAAAGAGGCGCUUCAGGCUCUACUCACCGGGCCAACUCGGGUGACUCAGUCGUCAUCAUCGUCUGAGAUUGUUCAAGCGAUUAAAGCGUACAAGACGUUCUCAAACGUCUCGCCGAUCCCGAUGUUCUCCGACUUCACCGCGAACCAGGCGAUGCUUGAGGCAGUGGACGGUGCGAUGAUCGUCCACGUCAUCGAUUUCGACAUCGGUUUAGGCGGUCAUCUAGCGUCGUUCAUGAAGGAGAUAGCUGAAAAAGGUGAGGUACAUAAAGCUAACACUCCAGCUGUUAGAAUCACCGCAAUUGUUCCAGAAGAAUACGAAACGGAAUCGAAAUUGAUCAGAGAUAAUCUCUGGCAAUUCGCUCGCGGUUUGAAACUACGAUUCGAUAUAGAGUUCGUCUCGUUUCGAACCUUCGAGUACUUAUCGUUUAAAUCGGUUAAGUUUAUGGAUGGCGAAAAGACGGCGGUUAUCCUCUCAUCAACUGUAUUCCACCGAAUUGGAUCCAGUUUCGGCUUCAUCAACGAUCUACGGCGAAUUUCGCCGCAUGUUGUCGUUUGCGUGGACGGUGAAGGACUGAUGGGAAGUGAACCGUCGCUUUUCCGGCAAACGGUUAUUGACGGUUUAGAGUUUUAUUCAACGUUGCUAGAGUCGUUGGAGGCGGCGAAUGUUGGUGGCGGUGGCGGGAGCGAGUGGAUUAGGAAGAUCGAGACGUUUGUGUUGUUGCCGAAGAUAACGGCGGCGGUGGAGGCGUCGGGGCGGCAGGUGGCGUCGUGGCGAGAGGCGUUUGUUAGGGCGGGGAUGAGGGCGGUUGGGUUGAGUCAAUUCGCCGAGUUUCAAGCGGAGUGUUUGUUGAGGCGGGUACAAGUUAGGGGGUACCACGUGGUGAAGCGGCAAGGGGAGAUGGUGCUUUGUUGGCACGAUAGGCCGCUUGUUGCGACAUCGGCGUGGAGGUUUUAGGUCAUGUAGUAAAACAAUAGUCGGAUACUAACGGGUGUAGGGUUAUAUUUUCGGUUUUCUUUUUUUUUUUUCUUAGUGUGAAAAAUAAAUUAAUACAGGUCCUAUAGUAUCGGGUGUUUCUCAUUUGACUCA